CAAAAAAGCAAAUGGAUGAUUCUUUUAAAUCUCUUCUGCAUUUGCCAAGCUGAGAAUCCUGGUAUCUUCUGUAAUUGCCCUUCAUUUUUGGCUGCUGCUUUAGCUAGAGCAACUUCAGAUGAAGUCCUUCAGAGUGAUCUUUCAGCACACUAUUUACCAAAGCAUGUGGACAACGCAGAUGGGAUCAUACAGAUUGAGACAGUGAAGCUAGCCCGCGUAGUUUUUAGCAAAUUGCACGAGAUCUGCAGCAACUGGGUGAAAGACUUUCCGCUCCAGCCGAAGCCCCACCGCUACUACGAGACAUCCAUCCAUGCCAUCAAGAAUAUGCGCAGGAAGAUGGAAGACAAGCACGUCUGCAUCCCGGACUUCAACAUGCUCUUCAACCUUGAGGACCAAGAAGAGCAAGCUUAUUUUGCCGUGUUUGAUGGCCACGGGGGCGUGGACGCUGCCAUCUACGCCUCCAUCCACCUCCACGUCAACAUGGUGCACCAGGAGAUGUUCCAGCAGGACCCGGCAGAAGCGCUGUGCCGGGCGUUCCGGGUGACCGACGAGCGCUUUGUGCAGAAGGCAGCCAGAGAGAGCCUGCGCUGUGGAACCACCGGGGUGGUGACUUUCAUCCGAGGAAACAUGCUGCACGUGGCUUGGCUGGGGGACUCCCAGGUUAUGCUCGUGAGGAGAGGCCAAGCUGUGGAACUGAUGAAGCCCCACAAACCAGAUCGAGAGGAUGAGAAGAAGCGCAUUGAGGCACUUGGGGGCUGUGUGGUCUGGUUUGGAGCCUGGAGGGUGAAUGGGAGCCUCUCAGUCUCCAGAGCUAUUGGGGAUGCUGAGCACAAGCCAUAUAUCUGCGGGGACGCAGACUCUGCCUCCACUGUCCUAGAUGGCUCUGAAGACUACCUCAUUCUAGCCUGCGACGGCUUCUAUGACACAGUCAAUCCCGAUGAGGCAGUCAAAGUGGUGGCUGACCAUCUGAAGGAGAAUAAUGGCGACAGCAGCAUGGUAGCACAUAAAUUAGUGGCGUCUGCUCGGGACGCCGGUUCCAGCGACAACAUUACUGUCAUUGUGGUAUUUCUCAGGGACAUGAACGCAGCGGUCAAUGUGAGCGAGGAGUCGGACUGGACAGAGAACUCUUUUCAAGGUGGGCAAGAAGACAACGGCGAAGAUAAGGAAAACCAUGGAGACUGCAAACGGCCGUGGCCCCAGCAUCAGUGCUCAGCACCUGCAGACCUAGGGUACGAAGGACGAGUGGAUUCCUUCACCGACAGAACUAGCUUAAGCAUAGGGUCCAGCAUUAACCUGUUUGAUGAUCAAGGCUAUUUAGACCUGACAAAAACAGGAACUAGUACACCUCAGAGUGCCAAAUGUCUGCCGCCAAUCCAAGCGUUUAGUCCUGGCAUACCAAAGAGCACCAACUGGAUCAGCUUAGCAGUGAAGAACGACUCGCCGGAGCGCAGCCCGCCGCCGCCGCGCGCACAGCGCGAUCCCCGGGGGCACCACGCUCCCCAUGGUGUGGCUGCUGCAGGGCCGAGCAGCUACAGGGUGAAGGGUUUAUCCCCCAUCCUCUGUGGGCUGGAAGAGGAACUGUUCAAAUCCUUGGGAAAGCGAGCUGCUCUCUUUCACCUCCGGCUCUGUAACGGGAAGAGGCGACGAGGAGCCAGGCUCAAACCAAAGUUUCACGCGCCGCUCUGGGCCCGUGAGCCUUUCCACCUAGAAGGAUCGAGGCUGUCCUUGCCCGUCCGGGCCCGCAGUAGCACGAGGUUGUGGAAGCCACCUUGGAACAAGGGAAGCUGGCUGAGCUCACCCCGAGAACUCCUCCGGCACCAGCGCGUGUGGCGAGAGCCAGGUGUGUUGUCCCUGGGUGCUCCCGUCAACCUUUCUGUGUUAUCUUGUUCAUGAAACUCACGUGGUCUUUAUGAAGCAAAUAAGUGACAGCUAAGGCUGCCACAGGGGUGGGCCCUCCCCCUUCAACCUUGUUCUACAGUUCACAUGCGAGUUUAGUUAUAACCAUGUAUUAGUCAUCCGUAUUUUAUUUAUGAAAGCUGUUUAUACAGGAAAAACUGUUAAAGUUUUACCAAUAUCUUAAUAAAACAGUAAUUUAAACCACA